AUGUCUGCUCGCCUUAGGACAUCACUUUGGACAUGGCUGACUGAGGCGGCAGACGGAGGUGGGGUUCGUGGUCUCGCCAGCCUCCUCAUCCUAAAAAGGGUUCUUUAUCUUAUUAACCCCGACAGCCCACCAAAAGCAUGCGAAAUUUUCGAUUUCAUUGCUGGAACAAGUACUGGGGGGUUGAUUGCCAUAAUGCUUGGGAGGCUGGUAUGGAAUACGUUUCUACACAUACGCUGGGAUGUUGAACAAUUUGGUGUCUAG